AUGGAUCCAAGAUUAAGAUAUAUAAAACAAGAGAAACUUGGAGCAGGAACAUAUGGUAUGGUAUUCAAAGCUAAAGAUAAAACCACAGGUAAAAUAGUUGCUAUUAAGGAAAUGAUUCUUGAUCAAGAGGAAGAAGGAGUUUCUUCAACAACAAUGCGCGAAAUAUCUAUACUAAAGAAAAUGAAUCAUCCGAAUAUAGUUUCUUUGGUUGAUACAUAUGUUCAAGGAACUCAGCUUACAAUUGUUCUUGAAUAUCUUGAUAUGAACAUAAGAGAUUAUAUGAAGAAGCCUGUAAAAAUGGACCCAAAACUUGUAAAAUCCUAUGCAUUUCAACUUCUUGCAGGAACUUACUAUCUUCACACUCAUAGAGUUAUACAUAGAGAUAUUAAACCAGAUAACCUAUUAAUCAACCACGAUGGAUAUUUAAAAAUAUGCGAUUUUGGACUUUCUAGGUUCUUUACUAUUCCAAUUCAGCAAUAUACCGAAAAUAUCGUUACUCUUUGGUAUCGUCCACCAGAAAUCCUUUUACAUAAUCCUAUCUACGAAAUAUCAGCUGACAUAUGGAGUGUUGGCUGUGUUAUUGCUGAAAUUGCUACAAAAACGCCAUUAUUCCCUGGAGAUUCAAUUCUUGAUCAAAUUCAUAGAAUUUUUAGUGUUCUUGGCACACCAAACGAAGAAAUGUGCAAAUUCUUCAAAGAUGUCAAGGAUGAAUUAGUUAUAAUCCCUACUUAUCCUCCGAAAGAUUUAUCAGAUGUCAUUAAAGUUAAUGAUCUAUCAUUGAUUGACUUGAUAUCAAAGCUUAUUAACAUUGAUCCUUGUAAGAGACUCACAGCUAGAGAAGCUUUGCAUCAUCCUUAUUUCAAUGAUAUUCCUGAAUCAAUGAAAAGCAAGUUUUGUCCCGGAGAAUUCUAA